CAGUCCGCGAUCCCUGAGCACCAUGGCCAUCCUGGCUGCCCUGACGUCCCGAGUCUGCCCUUCUCUCGGCAGCGCCCGCCAGACGCUUGUCGCGGGCAAUGCGUGGUGCCCUCGUUUCAAGCCCUGCCGAUCUCGCAUUCUUGCUGGGCUGGCCCACUUUUCGCAAGGUGUGUCGUCGGUGCCAACACCAUUCCCUGGCCAGCGCUACCGUUCGGCGUAUGAUCUGGAGAUGCAAUUGCCAUGCGCUUACACUCAACGAGGCUUUUGCUGGCUGAUGGGUGCUCGAUGACGAGUCUUCUCCAUGCUAAAUCGAGCAACGAUCGACUCUGUUUCAGCCAAGAAUCCGGAGAGCCUCACCGUCCUGGACCGCGAGUACCC